CAAAUUGCAUUCGGCUCGGUGCAUUUGAUGCACUCCACGCUCAGAACGAGUCAGUUUGGUUUCGGCCCAGCAUGUAAACAUUUGCACUUGGCGGCAACCAGUAGAGUCGAUUUACCUUUACGCAUUGUGUGGUUCCGAUAUUUAAACUGGACCAGAACACAGAACUUUGAGAAAACUUGACGUGUUUUGUGUAAUAUAAACAUUUGCACGAACGACAACGGUGGAGAUGUUGACGCAACAGUCGACUACGGAUAUCUAUAAAAAUAGCGCCGCAGAUAUUAUCAUUUUUUCAUUGGAGAUAAAUUAAAACGCGAUGCUCGAGGAAGUAGCCUCGAUUUUGUGAACGAAACACUUUUAGUUUCUACGGCGAGCUGAACGGGUUAAAUGCAUCGGUGCCGGGCAUGCUAACUAUAAGCCGCUAGAUUUGUUAAGUUUUAACGGUCAACAAUGUUGCUGGUCCGUGAACGUAGUGAUAGUGCCACCUAAUGAAAGGUCGGAAUAGAUAUCAAAUUGAAGGAUUAAGUGCAAAUAGUUUUGAAGACAUUUCCGUCCUGCAUUUGUGUUUCUCCCAAAUUUCUGGUGCACCCAAAGUUUCCAUAUUUGUUGUGUAUUAUUCAGCGCAUGUCGGAAAACUUAAUUUUAUUUUUCAAGUUUCUUUUGCGCAUGUGAUCUCGCGGUUUUAUCAUAUGUUUGCUUACAUAAUAGUAAAAUUAUACAGUGCGCGAUGAACAGUGUGCCUCAGUAACCAGGUAGUUUCGCAGUUUACAACGAAAUCGAUAUCCAUUUCCGAUACAGAAGAUUUAGCUCGAACGAAUUUGAUACAAAAUGUAUCUAAGUUGUUAGCUCGUUACCGGAUUUUGCCAAUCGUAAAUCUUUAUUUUCGCGAUGUAAUUAAAAAUUCAUGUCUGAAAAUAAACCACUGCCCCUCGCGUCGUAGUGUUUUUUGUUUAUUCAGUGAAAAUAAAAUUUAGUGAUUUCAGGUGUCUGCUUCCACCGAUAUUAGGAGGAAAAUGAAAAUUUAAAAUUUCGGAAAUUUAAAUUCAGUUUAGUUCAAUUUUGACGUUUUGGAGCUGCAACAGAUCCUUCGAGCCUCGAAUGAUUUUUGGUGAAGUGAUGAGGACCGUUGUUUGUAGCGUGAAAAAUUAGUGCAUUUAAGUGAAACAGAAAUAAAUAUUGAAUGGAAACAAUAAGUAAUUAUGUAAAGAAAAUUAUCUGAAAAUUAAGUGAAACAAGUGUGAAAAAUAAUAGUUCAAAAUGAACAAGUUGAAAAAUCUCAAAUACAAAACCAGCCCUGAAAAUGGAAGCAUACUCAACAAAUUCGCGAAACGUUACAACACUGUCAGUGCUAAGUUCCUGCGAAAAUCGCCAGGACGAACAGGAAAAACGGCUCCAAUCUCCGGAAGCUAUGACAUGACUGGUGUUGCUUCUGAGGAUCACAAGCUCGAAAUCGGUGCACCAGUUCUCAUAUCAAAAACCACAAUCGAUGAUGACUUAAAAAUCCCAUCUGAAUUAGAUGCCAAACAAAAUUCACGAAUAUCAUCAUCAACUGCAACUGGAAGUGAAACGGAAUACUACACGGAUACGGUUAGCACAAUCCCAUCAAUUGAGCAGGACAUCAAAUUUGAGUUCUACUCUUCGAACGAUAUCCCCACAGUUGUGGAGGAACGAUUGAAUCAAAGUGAUUCGGCCGCCAAUUACUACUCGACCCCCAAGAAGCAAUCUCAACCCGUCCCGCCACGACUCAGAAAAAACCGAUCCCAAUCUGCGCAGAACUUGCACAAAACUGAACUGAAAUUGUUUCUACAAAGAGUUCCGUCUCUGGAAACCACAGGUAGAUUAACUACAGCUAAUUUGGAGAACUGCUAUGAUCUGCCGAGGAAGUCACAAGAGUUUAGCUCGACACCAACCUCCUCAAAGCCAAAAUCAAAUAGCAUCAGCGUACCGAAUACUCCUGAUUCACCGAGCGAUCUGAAGGACUCGUUGAUUAAAAAACGCUUCCAGAGCACAGGCUCCUUGAACCAGCCUCAGCCCUGCCUAAACCGAAGUUCUAGUGGCAGCAAGCAAGGGAACAAUGGGUCCUUGCAAAUGAACACUUCCUUGGAUGAUUUUGAUCUCAAAUCCGUUAGCUUCCAGAGCCUCGACGCAAAGAACCUCUUCCUGUCCAUCGACGAAUUAAACGAAAUCACUCGCCAAAUAAACGAAACAGAACAAUUCGAUUACGAAAUCGACACCGAAUACUGUGAACAUCGAGACAAACUUAAGCCUGACGAACGACGAAUUACUUUGCUCAAAAAUAAAAAUGCGACGCUGAUCAAUUUGAAUCGCAAGAAGGAUCGAAUCAAUCAUGCCUGGUCCGGUUUGAAAACUUGGAUUGGGGAAGAGAGUGGAAAGAUUAAGGAUGUCGUUCAAAAACAUGCCGCAAUGCAACGGGUGGGAGCCCCAGUGAAUCAUUCAACCCCAAUGAGUAGCAGCACAUUGAAGAAAACCACGUUCGAUUCGAGGAGGUCGGCAGGUGGGGUGAGCGUUGCCCCGUCGAUGGUGUCGGUUGCGCAGUCUUUCGCUCCUACUACGGACAGCAACUUUUCGAUUGAUCAGGAGUUUAGUUUCCAGAAUACCUCAACAGGAAAUUCAUCGAGAGCCGCUACCGUUCAAAGGGAUAAUAGUGAUUACCAUCAAGAGGGACAAAAUGGGUUUGAAGAACUGCGUCGAUAUAUCAAACAAGGUGGCGACUUCGGAAAGGACUUGGCAGCUAUUUUGCAGGAGAGAGUUGAUUCUGAACAACUUUAUGCAAAAUCCUUGUCAAAGAUGGCUACAAAGUUGAAUAAAGCAUGUCGUGAAAUCCCAGGAACAAUAGCAGAUGCUUGGCGCGGUGUUGCUAACGAAAUGGAGACACGCAGUGAAGUCCACCGACAAUUCUCGAAUUCACUUAUUGAAGAGAUUGUCAAGCCAUUAAAGAGUGUAUUAGAAACACAACACAAAUCCAGGAAAUCGGUUGAAAGCAGUGUCGAUAAGGCAUCACGGGUCCUUGCUGAUUGGCGAAUCAGUGAAGCAAAAUCCAAAAAGCAGUCACACACUGCCGCUAGAGAGAAUGAGAAGCUACAAGACGCUAUGUUGGACGUGCGGAUUCAACGCUCCCCUUCAUUGGCAAUACUCCAACAUGGAACUCUGUCGAACAAGAAUGGUGCUAACUCCGACAAAGAGACCAAAACAGCUGAGAAAGAUUGUGCGAAACUGGACAACAAACGACGCAAGGCGGAGGAAGCUGUUAAGCGAGCCGACGUCGAAUAUUACACCCUUUGCAUUCGAGCCGAACGGGCCCGUGUUGAUUGGGAGAUGGCGGUACUGAGAGGAUCAAAUGUUUUGCAGAAUCUCGAGAACCUACGGCUCACCAAUAUGUAUAAUUAUGUUUCGUCCUACUUGAGGCUGACAUCUGAGAUGAAUCCAGUGCUCGAAGGUCUGGUAGUGAGACUUGCACCCCAAAUUGAAGGGUGUAAUGUAGGGAAAGAUUUAAAUAUCGUAAAGAACAUCCGAAAAGUCUCAGAAGGACCAAGUGAACAGCUGUUGCCUGAUUUCUAUUGCGAGCAUACAACAUUGGCUAUGAAUAGAGAGAGGAGAAAGCAUGCAAUAGUGAAGCUACUGCAGCUUGUCAGGACGGAUAUUGAACGGGAGCGAAAGUCACGCAACGGUUUGAAGGGUAUCACCUUGACGUUGAACGCACAAGAUAAUCAAAAUGUCGCUGAUAAAUUAUAUCAUAUACGAUCAAUGCUAACAUAUCUUGAAGGAGCUCGAUUCAAACUGCAAUCAGCAUUGUUAGAGUUGGAUCACAAGCCUCGAACUACGCAUCCGCUUGCAUCACACAUUCAGAUAACUCGCGAUCGAACCGGCCUCCAACAAAGCAUCUUAAAAGUCCCAAUCUGGCUCAAAAACAAAGACAACGACGACAUCUGCACAGACAUUGAAACGGAAUCCCAAACCAAUGGCAGCUGCUUGGACAUCAAAAACGACAUCCUCAUCACAAACUUUGACCGAAACCAAUCAAUCAGUCGAAGCAAAAGCACUUCCGAAAUCCUGCACAACAUCCAGACUCAGCCUCAAAUGAAUGGCAAAAUCAGCACCCUGCCGCCGGGAAAAGAUACAUCAGAUGACCCGGACUUCGAUCGCGGCCAAGCGGAUGGCGGUUCGAACCAGCAGGAUUCAGAUUUCGAUGAGUUCAGCUCUCAGGACGAUGAAGACGAGAUAAGACAAGCGAAAAUGGAGAUUCACCAGCAACAGCAGCUUCAAAAGAAUCAUAACGAAAACAAUAACGACGUUAGUGCUAAGUCAAUAGUCAUAAGUAAAUGUAAGGCAUUAUACAGCUACACACCAAAACUAUACGACGAGCUCGAACUGAACCCGGGGGAUAUAAUUGAGGUCCACAUGAAGCAGGAGGAUGGCUGGUGGCUGGGUCAAUUGAAGAAUCGCAUAGGCAUCUUCCCGGCCACCUACGUUGAGGAGUUUAUCUAGGAAUGUUCGCCAAUUCCGCUUACAGAAGCGAGUGUUUUUCUGAAAAAGAGCCACCGGACACCACAUCAGGUCUGCUUCCUGAAGUAAUAUUUAAGGUGUCAUAAUUCUGAUCAAUAAUAAAUGGUUUUAGAUUUUAUACCGGUAACAAAGCUAAUAAGGCCUUGCGAAUCAUAGGACAGCAGCUAAUCCGAGCCGAAGUUAAAGUAGCACAAGAUCAUCUUUAUUUUAAAUAGAUUUUUCGGACAUCUAAACGUAGUGGAUUUUAAGCUUUCUGGACCAAUUUAUCAAGGUAUUGUGUACAAUUUUGAGUAUGCCAUGGUGACCUCAAUGUAGAUCUAAACUGCCUUACCGUGGUAUACCAAGUAUCUGCUGGUACCACCACGCCUUUGCCAGUCUCCCUGGCAUUCACAUGAAACCCGAAGCAAUUAAAAACAAUAACGAACAGAUGCAAUAUAGUCUCUAAGCCAAUAUCAUAAUUUCGAGUGGAAACGGAACAAAUAUCCAAUUUAUUCUUCUUUAGUCUUGAUAAAGAACCAAAUAGCUCGUUCGAAUGAUUCUUCUUUUAUUUAGUGAUAAACAAAGAUAUUAACGAACUAAACGAAACAAUGCGGACGUAUUACGAUUGGAACUGUUUUCUCGAUCGUAAAGUAAUGGCAAUUGUUAUUGUUUCACUUAUUUAUUAUGUAAUUUUAGUCAAUUUUAUGGUAAGUUAUCUUUUCGAAAUGUAUAACGAAAUGAUGCUGUUAAUAACUUUGUACCUUAACGAUAAUAACGUGUUAAGUGGUUUGGAGAGGAAGCGCGGAAUGGUAAUGUAAAUAUUGUUAUUCUGAACGGAUAUUUUUACUGACGUGUACAUAAAUAAAUAAUGAUAAUGUAUGAAGA